AGAUAAGAAGACGCGGGAUAAGGCAACAAAACAAUUAGCCAGCUUUCUCUCGAAUUCUUCACCGGCUGAGCUCUCGAAGACCGAGCUUGCAAAACUAUGGAAAGGCAUAUUCUACUGCUACUGGAUGUCAGACAAGCCUCUUGUCCAGCAAGCCCUGGCGAGUGAACUGGCUGAGCUCUUGCUCACGAGCACGUCCACAGAGGCUUCGUUAGCUUUUCUCUCUGGGUUCUGGGAAGCGACAGUCCGUGAAUGGAAUGGGAUUGACCGCUUACGGAUGGACAAGUACUACAUGCUUAUUCGUCGAUUCACAAAUGCGUCCUUCAGACUUCUCAUCCGAGCGAAGUGGGACUCUGAGACUGUAGAUGCGUAUAACGGCAUCUUGACGAGAAAGGGCGGGCCAUUGUGCCCGGACGAUAUUCGUGUUCCGGCGAGCUUGUCGUACCAUCUUUCGGAUAUCUAUCUUGAAGAGCUUGACAAAGCAAUGGUCAACUCACCUAUACCUGACCCUCAGCCAGCCCCUCUGUGUACAUUACUGUCGCCUUUCUUCAUCCUCGCUGCCCGCACGCCUUCAAAUAUUACGUAUCAGCGCAUACAGUCUGCUCUGAUCGACCCACUCUUUGCUGCCCUCAAGCCAGUUCGUGUAGAAUCCGAAUCCGAAGAUACCUCUCGAAGAAAGCGACAACGUCUGGAAGAACCGGACUACUCAAAUCUUAUCCUGAAAGACGAGUACGAAAAUCUCGUCAUCGAGACCGAGGCCAAGGUGCUCAGGCGCGACUCUGAACUUGUCGGCCGUGGCUCGUUCGUCCCGCUGUCUGCCAUUCGAGCAACUUUUUCUGAAUGGGAGGCGCCCCUGGCCGCGCUCCAAGCUCUCGUGGACAAGCUGCAGGCAGAGCAGCACUGGCCUCCCGGAACGCUCAUCGACAUGCUCAUGAACAAGGCGCGCACGGGCGUGCACCGCAUAUCCGACAUCAUCUCCCGUCUCUCCGAAGCCGUGCAGCGAGUCUGGCGAACACAACUCAUCGCGUUCCUCGUGCACGGCACCCUCUCCCCAACCGACCCCUUUGUCUCUGACAAGUACGUCCUGCUCGAUGGUGCCAUUCCCCGCUGUGUCUCAGCUCAGUCGCGCGAGUCCAUAGUAUACGUCGGGCGCGCGAUCGGCACCGUCAAGGCGGCUAAAUGGCAGAAGCAGCUCCCGCGGAGCCUGGCGAUGGAGCAUACGAAGAUGCUCGAGCGCGUCCUGCCGCAGGAUCAACACGCCUUUGACCAUAUUAUUGCGGACAUCCGCACGAAUGUCAGCGAAUGGCUCUGGCUCAACGUCCUCACGCGGAAAGAUGUCGAGGACGCGGUCGACUCUCUCGCAAAUUAUUUCCUCUUACGCAACGGCGAAUUUGGGCUCGCCGUCAUCCGUGAAAUUGAGCGGCUGAAGAUAUCGCGGUUGACCGCUCGGGCGGGCCCUUCUACUAUGAUCAGGGAACAAGACCUACACCUAGCCCUACUCCGCUCUUCUCUAGGAACAACCGCACAACAUGACCCUUCCCUCUCGCAUUUGCACUUCCUCAUGCCUUCGGGUCCCCUCCGUCCCCUCCUCCCAUCCCUCGCAAGUACAGCAGGAAAGAACGUCUCCGCCUCCGGCCAAGAACAAACCACCUUCGACGACCUCCUCCUGGGCACGCCGCUCAUCCUCACCUACACCGUCACCUGGCCGCUCGAUCUCUUCCUCCAGCCCUCCGACCUGCACAUCUACGCCGCGCUCUUCGCGUACCUCUCCUCGAUCCGCAAGACGCACACGCGCAUCCACGCGUGCUGGACGUCACUCUCGAACGCGCAGAGGGCGCGGCGGCGCUGGACGGGCCUCGGCGAGGGCGGGACCGCCGAGGACCUCGAGGUGCGCCAGGCGCUGCUGAGGUGCGGGUGGGGGGUGGUGAGGGAGAUGAAUUGGUUCUUGGAGACGCUGCUGGAGUAUGUUAUGACGGACGUGGUAGAUGCGGAGUUUCGCAGGUUGAAGGUGCAGCUUGGGCAGUCAGGCAGUAAUAAGGAUACAGCAGGUGCUGGAGGCUCUGGUGUUACGCCCUCUCAGUCGACUAGCUCACAAGUCGCACGGGGCGUUACGCCUUCUCACUCGGUCGGUUCGCAAGUUGGGCGCGGCGGGCUGCCAGCAAGCGCAAGUGCUUCCGGCAGCACCUACUUGGACUUUACCACCUUGCGGAAUAUUCACAGCACAUAUCUGGAGCGCCUCCUGGUGGGCAGUCUGGUGGCGAACUCUGAGCUGACAUGUAUCAUCCGCCCCAUCUUGGAGGUGUGUGAGCGCUUUGUCGCCCAGGUCGAGAGGUGGGGCGGAGAUGUCCUCCCGGCGCUGCUGUUCGAGGGUAGCAUCGGGGCUGAUGAUAGCACAGUCGGCGGGAUGGUGAGGGAACGCUGGGCUGUCGUGGCUGAGAUCAAUGAUACUCUACAUUCACUCCUAGAGUCAUUCUACGAGCAGCUGUCGACGUCAACGUCCAAGCAGCCGUUUAACGUGACAGGAGACGCGUCCAAGUCCAUCCUUAUGAACAAGAGUGUCGCGAAUACUACCGGUUUUCAUACGACAUUCGUGCGUCCCAGAGCGGGGAGAGGCAAUGCUGACGGGGACGGAGACGUGAGACGACACGUCGAACGCCUGUUACUACGCCUGGAUUUUAAUGGGGGGUUCUCGGGCCCUAGGAUUAGACAGCGGACGGCGGCGAAUGAUGCGGAGGAUAUUCUAAAGCAAGGAGGGCUCGCGUAGGAUGUCAGAUAUUAGUGAAUAUAUCCCCGCGAAGGGAAACUGUAGACAGCGCGAAUUCCAUAAGAGCUGUG